AUGAGGAGAUUUGCCCAGCAGUGUUCUCAAAAUGUCGCAGAGGAUGUCAAUAAUGAAAGCUUGAAUUCUUCUUUGGAUGGAGAAGUAGUUGUUGGGCUUUCUGCUUUAGAGGUCAUUAAAAAGUGGGAUGAGACAAGAAAGCCAAUUCAAAGUAUCUCUCAGAUUUUUAGUCCUGUUUCUCCACGUUUAUCAAGGGAUUUAAUGUUCUCUCCACGACAUCCUUUAAAAAGCAAAAUAAACAGUUCCAAUUGCCUACAGUCAGAAUGUUUUCCCCUGUCCUGUGAUGAAAUCUACAAUCAAGGGCAUCGUAAGAACGGUGUUUAUCAAAUCUAUCCAGCAGGACCGUACACUCCAGUAAAUGUUUACUGUGACAUGGAAACCGAUGGAGGGAGGUGGACAGUGUUUCAGAAGAGGAAGGAUGGAACUGUAGACUUCUACAGAAACUGGAAUGCUUACAAGUCCGGAUUUGGUGUGGCCAAUGGAGAAUACUGGCUAGGUCUGGAAAGCAUUUACCUUCUAACACUGAAGAGGAAAUUUGAAUUAAGAGUUGACUUAGAAGAUUUUGAGAGAAAUAAAGUUUUUGCCAAAUAUGCUCAGUUUUCCAUCUCAUCAAUGGCAAUUAAUGGUGAAGAAGAAGGUUACAGACUGUUUGUGACUGGAUUUACAGAUGGGGGAGCAGGAGAUGCCUUAACUGAUAUAAGUGGUGCAAACUUUUCUACCUAUGACCAUGACCAGGAUACAAGUUCUGCAAACUGUGCUUCAGAAUUUUCUGGUGCUUUUUGGUAUGUUGCCUGUCACUGUGCCAAUCUUAAUGGUCGUUAUUUAAGAGGAAGCCAUACAUCAUAUGCCAAUGGUGUCAACUGGUGUAAAUGGAAGGGAUAUCAUUAUUCUCUCAAAAUCAGUGAAAUGAAGAUGCGACAAGUUCACCAGUUCCAAUGAAAUGCUUAGGAAAUGGACUAUGGAUGUAUAUAUCUAUGAUAAAUGUAUACAGACAUACUUAACAAAAAAAUUAACUGUUUUUUCUUGAGUUUUGUUUCAUUGCUCAGCUGCUAAAUAAAAGACAAUGCCAUGAUUGUUUCAACUACUUCAAAAUGUAGCCGACUCUUCCUGAACAAAUUCUGAUAAACAAAUGAUGACAACCACUAGCUGUUGUCAUGGUGAGGUCUAUACUUAUGUAAAGCAAAUCAAUACAAAGUCUGCUGACAAGUGAAGAAAGUGUUUUUCUACUCACAUUUGUUUCAACAUUUCAAAUAUACAAUGUACACAGUGGCUGAAAUAAUUCAAAAUUAAAAUAUUCUUUAUUGACUUACAA